AUGAUAUCGCACCCUACGGGCACCAUCGUCACCAUCAGUCAGCUAAUCCUCGUUGACCAGGGUUUUGAUACCGGUAUCGUGACGACGACUAUCGCGCAUCAGAGUUGGAUCGAUUACAUGGGCCAUCCCUCCAAUGGCCUCACCGGAGCAGUUGUCGCCGUGUAUAUCGCCGGCGAGGCAGUGGGAGCUCUACUCCAGACUGCCAUCGCCGACAAGCUCGGGCGCAUCCGAUUCAUGCAGCUCAUGUGCAUCAUCGUCACCAUCGGCACCGUGGUCCAGACCGCGUCGGUCAACAUCGGCAUGUUUCUGGCUGGCCGUGUCCUCGCCGGUAUUGCUGUCGGUGGCAUGGUCUCAACCGUCCCCAUCUACCUGAGCGAGAUCUCGGCCCCACACCAGCGCGGUCUCAUUGGCGGCAUCUCGGGCUGCGGCAUCUCCUUCGGCACCAUGAUGUCCAACUGGGUCGGCUUUGCCUGCUCGUACGCACCCUACGGCGCUACGCAGUGGCGCCUGCCCCUCGGCAUCCAGGUUCCCUGGGGUGUCAUCAUGUUUGUCGGCCUGGCGACUUUCAUGCCCAACUCGCCGCGCCAGCUGCUGCGCAACGGCAAAGUCGAGGAGGCGCGCGCCGAGUUCCUCAGGAUCCGGCGCGACCUGGGCUCGCACGAGGUGCAGGCCGAGUUUGCCAUGAUGCACGCGCAGAUCGAGUACGAGAUGGAGCGCGAGAUCAAGACGUAUCGCGAGAUCUUCAAACUUUUCCGUCAUCGUGCUUUGGCGUCAAUCGCCGUCCAGACCAUGACCAGUCUGACUGGUGUGAAUGUCAUUCAAUAUUACCAGACCAUCCUCUACAAGAGUCUCGGCCUCCAACCCCAGAUCAUCCUACUCCUCGCUGGAGUGUACGGAACGCUCUGCUUCACAUCGAAUGCCAUUACCACAAAGUUCCUGACCGAUCAGUGGGGCCGCCGCAAGAUGUUGUUGGCCGGCCUGACCGGUGUGAUCCUGAUUGAGAUCUAUGCCGCCGUGAUGCAACGCUUCUUCCAGAACACCGACAAUAUAGUCGGAAAGGGCUUCACCGUGCUGGGCAUCUACCUCUUUGCCAUUAUCUACUACGGUAUGCUUAACAGCACUACAUGGCUGUACGGCGCGGAGAUUUUGCCUAUUGCUCUGCGCAGCAAGGUCAUGGGCAUUGCGUCGGCUUCUCACUUCAUUGUGAAUGUCGGCAUUACGGAGGCCGGACCUAGCGCCUUUGCGAACAUCAAGGAGAAUUAUUACUACGUCUUUGUGGGCUGCACGUCGUUCUUCCUCGUCAUUGCAUGGUUUUACUUCCCUGAGACUAGAAGAAGCACACUCGAGGAGAUCGCGGCCGCCUUCGGAGACAAGGUUGUGCUGGUAUCGGAGCAGGAGGUGUUGGCUGAAGCGGUCGCGGCGGAGGAGAAGCUCAGGCAGACCCAGGAGCACGUCGAGAACACCCCCACACAGGCCGGCCGCUCGGAGAAUGCCCAGAGCGCCGCCGCGGCGACCGGCGCCUAA